GGCGGACGCCUUCGCGUUUUGCUUCUGGCGGGCAAGCGGAAGCCCGGGCGGCUGAGCACCGGGGCGGGGCGGAAGGGCCGUGCUCGGAGCGCCUCCUUCGCCUUCCCUUCGCUCAGCUCUCAUCGCCAGCGCUGGUGCACCCGGCGGAGGGAUGAGAACGGCGGCGCUGCGGCAGUGCCUGACUCCUGCGUUCUUCGACGCGCUGCUGCCGAGCCGCGGUCUUUGCGGGCGGCAGCCGUGGAGAGGCGGAGCGGCGGCGGCGGCGGCAGCGCGCAAAAUCACUGAAAAUGCAAAGAAAUCUUUGGCCUCUCUUAAGAGACAAAACCCUCGGCUUGAACCAACACUUGCCAUUGUUCAGGCACAUAAUGAUGAUUUGAUUCAAGAAAUAAACAAGAACUUUGCCAAAGAGGUUGGUUUACAUGUUAUUCAUAUCUGUCUUCCCGAAGGCAGCAGCAAGGAUGAGAUUGUUGGUGAAAUCUUGAAGCUUAAUGAGGAUCCUAAUGUGCAUGGUCUUGCACUUGACCUCCCAGAAAACUUAUAUAGUAGCAAAGUAUUAAAUGCUGUAAAACCUGAGAAGGAUGUGGAUGGGUUAUCUGAUGUAAACCUAGGGCACUUGGUUCGUGAUGACUCUGACUGUCUAGUUCCUCCUGCAGCAAGUGCUGUGAUGGGACUUCUUGAAGAUUUAGAUGGCAAAAGGGUGCUGCUGGUGGGAGUUACUGGUGCAGUGGGCAUUGCCUUGCAAUGCAUGCUUCAGAAGGAGGGAGCAGCAACUAUGAGCUGCUGGUGGACAUCCCCUCAACUGCAGACCAAGCUUCACCAUGCAGAUGUGGUAAUUAGCAGUACAAAACCAGAUGAUGUUCCUGCGAGCUGGAUAAAACCUGGAACCACUGUGAUCAGUUGUUCUCGUGAGUUGCUGUCAGGGAGACAUGACUAUGGCCAACAGCACAACCGUGCCUCUGAAAGUGCCGUUGGUUAUCUCGCAGUAGCAGUGCGAAUGCAGAACAUGGUAAAAAAUAUGGAGCGGUGGAUCCAGUCCCAGCAGUACAGGAAGUGGGACCUUCACUGCUUGAAACUGCAGCCCCUCUCCCCAGUGCCCAGUGAUAUUGAGAUUUCUCGAGCACAGAGUCCAAAAGCUGUUGAUGUACUUGCCAAGGAGAUAGGAUUGCUUACAGAUGAAAUAGAGAUCUAUGGCCAAACCAAAGCCAAAGUACGUUUGUCCCUGCUGGAAAGGUUGAAGGAUCAACCAGAUGGAAAAUAUGUUCUAGUUGCUGGAAUAACCCCUACACCUCUAGGAGAGGGGAAGAGCACAGUCACAAUUGGUCUUGUUCAGGCACUUACUGCACACCUUAACAUUAAUUCCUUUGCUUGUCUGAGACAACCUUCCCAAGGACCUACUUUUGGAAUUAAAGGUGGAGCAGCUGGUGGUGGAUACGCUCAGGUGAUUCCCAUGGAGGAGUUCAAUCUUCAUUUGACUGGAGAUAUUCAUGCUAUAACGGCUGCAAAUAAUUUACUGGCUGCUGCUAUUGAUGCUAGGAUCUUGCAUGAGAACACUCAAUCUGAUAAGACUUUGUAUAAUAGACUUGUUCCAGUUGUUAAUGGCAAGAGAGGAUUUUCUCCUAUUCAGCUUGCCCGUCUGAAAAGGCUGGGAAUAAACAAGACUAAUUCUGAGACUUUAACAGAGGAGGAGAUCAGCAAAUUUGCACGCCUUGACAUUGACCCAUCUACCAUAACAUGGCAAAGAGUGGUGGAUACAAAUGACAGGUUCCUGCGCAAAAUAACAGUUGGGCAGGCAGAUACAGAGAAAGGAUUCGUCCGUCAGGCUCAGUUUGAUAUUGCUGUUGCAAGUGAAAUUAUGGCCAUCCUAGCACUAAGCACCAGCCUUCAAGAUAUGAAGGAGAGAUUGGGGAAAAUAGUGGUGGCUAAUGACAAGAAAGGAGAACCGGUAACAGCAGAGGAUUUGGGAGUAACAGGGGCUCUGGCAGUUCUCAUGAAAGAUGCGAUUAAGCCCACGCUAAUGCAGACAUUAGAGGGAACACCAGUAUUUGUUCAUGCUGGACCUUUUGCUAAUAUUGCACAUGGAAAUUCUUCUGUUUUGGCAGAUAAAAUUGCCCUUAAGUUAGUUGGAGAAAAAGGAUUUGUAGUAACUGAAGCUGGCUUUGGUGCUGACAUUGGGAUGGAGAAAUUCUUCAACAUCAAAUGCAGAGCCUCUGGCUUAGUUCCCAGUGUGGUUGUACUUGUUGCUACAGUGAGGGCUUUGAAGAUGCAUGGAGGUGGGCCAAAUGUAACUGCCGGUGUCCCCUUGAAGAAAGAAUACACAGAAGAGAACCUCCAGCUGGUAGCAGAUGGCUGCUGUAAUCUACAGAAACAAAUUCAAAUUACUCAGCUCUUCGGAGUUCCUGUUGUGGUUGCUCUAAACAUCUUCAAAACUGACUCUCCUGCUGAGAUUGAUCUGGUAUGCAAGAUUGCAAAGCAGUCUGGAGCAUUUGAUGCUGUACCUUGCGAUCACUGGUCAGCUGGUGGUAGCGGAGCGGUAAAAUUAGCUCAAGCUGUUGAAAAGGCAGCCAGUCAGGAAAACAGUUUCAAAUAUCUCUACAGCUUGGAGCUUCCUAUUGUUGAAAAAAUAAGAAUCAUUGCUCAGAAGGUGUAUGGAGCUCAGGAUAUAGAGUUGUCUCCUGCUGCACAGUCACAAGUUGAUCGUUACACCCGACAGGGAUUUGGAAAUCUUCCCAUUUGUAUGGCAAAAACUCACCUAUCCCUCUCCCACCAGCCUGAGAGGAAGGGCGUUCCCACUGGUUUCAUUCUGCCGAUUAGUGACGUGCGAGCCAGUAUUGGAGCUGGCUUCAUCUACCCCUUGGUAGGAACGAUGAGCACCAUGCCAGGACUGCCCACAAGGCCAUGCUUCUAUGACAUUGACCUCGACCCUGUCACAGAGCAAGUGAAAGGAUUGUUUUGAGUGUGACAUCCAAAUUCAGAAGCCUGGAAAUUAAGAACUGCAACUUUCCUGUUUUCUGCAAGCAGGAGACAAAAAAUCAAUCUGAAAUAUUCCUGCUAUGUGUCUCUGGAAGAAUGUCAAGAUAGGCCAAAGAGCAAAAGUUUACUCUUUCUUCAAGCUAUUUUUUAUGAUGAAAUGCAGCUCUAAGGGUUUUUUUGUUUGGUUGGUUAUGUUGGUUAGGUUUGUUGGUUGGUUUGUUUGUUUGUUUUAAUGCAAGCUCAAGUUUUUCUUGCUGCAAUGCAGGAAGCUCUCUUCUGGGGCUUGUGCUUGUUAGUGGCUAAAACAGCAUCUAAAAAGAGAGACGUUUUUAACCGUAGAGUAUUCCUCUCAAGGAGUUUAAAAAAGAAUUUUCCCUAUCUUAGCCAUCUAAACCUUGUGCAAACAUGAUUAUACUGUGUGACCAAGCUUGUUUCUCUCUGAAAAAUACGCAUUUGCUCCUGGCUUUCAGGAGCUGAAACUACACAGAUUAACUGCACAUUUUUGAGUUAUCAUCAAGCGUUGCUCUGGAUGCAUUUGGGCAACAGCCAAGCUUCAAGCAAGGAAGAUAUUAAGCAGAGAAAGAAAAAAGCAUGUAUCUGGUGAAAGGUUUUUAAUAGAUAAUUUGUUUCCUCGUUGGGCACAGAUCUUUUGAAACAUUUAAGCCAUAGCUGUCUGAUAUCCAUAGGUCAUUGUUUAUCCAAAGCUGUCACGGGCUGUCCUGCUGAUAUGUGCUGCUUGUGGUGAAGCUGUUUUUUUCAGCGGGCACUGCUGCUUCUGAAGCUCUGUUUUGCUCGUGUUCAUGCCUAAUGAAGCCUCCUGCUGUGCUGGCUCCUGCCCUAGAGUUUUUCUUAUCCUGUCCCUGGCAGUACACAACACCCAGUAACAACAGAGGAACGGGGCCAAGCUUUGUUCUGUUACGUUGUGCAGGUUUUAACACCAAACUGGAGUGUAUUUUCUAUUUGAAGGAGACAUUCAAUGAAGUUAAAUCCUAAGCUGCGUGCUUUAACUUACCUCAGUCCUGCUUUUCCUAAGUCUGCAGCAAAAUAAGCCUCAAGGCACAGGACACUGCGUUUAGCUUUUCAAGCUGCUGCUUGUCAGGAAGCUCUCACCGACUGGCCGUUGGUUCCUUCAAUAACAAAGCACCAGAACAAUAGGUUGUCUCAAGACAAUGGGCCGCUGGGGGUUAGGUAAAAAGCAGUGAAAUAUUAGGAGAGUUUAUUUUCCUGGUGACAUUUUCCAUCCUGUCUCUUUGCUCACGCAGAUCUCUAUGUUAUGGGCUUCUGCAGCGUAGUUUUGGUUCCCUCCCAUGCAGCCACAUUUGGAGACUUAAUUAUCUCAGGAACUGCGUUGUAACUGAGGGGCUGGUUUUGGUUCCUGAAAUCACACUUCAUUCUUUAUAAACUCAAAACUACAAUUAUGGACAGAAGAGCAAGCGGAGGACAAUUAAAGUAAUGAUCUGUGCCAUCCCUGGAGUAGCAUGGAAACGUCUGUUGAGUGCAUUUCUGAACUGUUCUAUUGGUAGCAUGUCCCCCAGCACUGUGGGCAUUGCUGUGAAGAUUUAAACAUGAAAAGUAAAGCUAUUUGAUAUUUUAUCCUUAUAAGACAGUAGAGCUCAUAACAGCCUCUGGUGUAGAUGUUUUAAUUUUGCAGGGGCAGGACAAACACGAUCAGUAGGAAGUUAGACUGAGGUGUGGCUCUCACAGCUACUGGGGGGAAGGUUUCUGAUAUGCUUCUAUUACAUUGUGCCUCAAAUUACAACCACGUUGUAACAGUGUUGUCAUCUGCUCUUGCACACACUGAUCCGUCUCAUCUAGAAAGAGGCAAAGACUUUUGGAAGGUCACAAAUGUGAUUUCCAACCAUAGCUUUCCUAGAGGCAUCGUUACAGGAAAAAUUAAAAAAGCUUUUCCCUCCAUCUUGUCUAGAGAAAGUCUAAACCCAGACCUGUGCCUUUCAGGCAGUUGUGGUAUUAGACCUCUCUCUGUGCUGUGUGAGGUACUCAGCACGGCUCUAGCUGGCCGCUUGUGGAGCUUUCAGAUGGAAGUCUGAGCAAGAAGCUUUCCAAGUGCUGCUUGAUAGCCACCUCUCUUCUAAUGUAGUCUCCACACUGUCCCUUCAGACCACUCCCUCCGGGACUGUUUCUCUGAACUGGCAGUGUCUCUUCCAAACCACACUGCAGCUGGCUUAGUUGAGAGUUGACAUCUUGUCAUUCUUCCACUGCCGUGUUUAAUGGUUUGAUAGCAUCAGUGACUCAAGGAGCGCUGGGAUGGCACUCUCUUCUGCCCCACCCUGCCUGCAGAAUCUCUUGAGGUGCUACAUUUUGCCCUUCACUUUAGACCUUUGUAGAAGAGCUGUGAAAAAUAAUCCGCACUGGCAUGCAGAUGUUCUCAUGGUCCAAAGGGGCUGAGCUGCAGAAACUGCCACAGUUCAUUCCUUGGGGGCAAGCUGGCUCUGAGGCCUUCAAGAGAGUUUUAAAAGGAAAGCUUUUAUGACAGCUGUCACUGGCAGGCAUGGCAGUUCUUGCUCCGUGGCUGUGGAUGCCAGCCUUUGCACCCGCGAGCCGGCGACGCGGCAGAGCCACGGCUACAGAAGGCAGUUUGCUGUGCUUAUCCCUGCGUUUGUUAAAGGGUGGCAAGGGCCAUAGAGUAGUUGUUAUUGGAAGAUGUGCUUUGCAUAGAGGCUGAACACUUUGUUAUUGCUACUGCUGAGCUACUUCUGUAAUGGCACUCAAAUGCUUCAGGCGAUGUACAAAAGGGUUUUCAUUUGUCUUUUAAAGUUCAAAAUCCUGGAAUUUCAGUUGCCUUGACCAUGAAAAUAAAGUGUAUGUGUGUAGAGUUAUUCGGUGCAGAGGUGGUGCCCAUCUCAAGUCUGAACUGAUUAAUAAAGGACAUCCAUUAUUUAC